UAUGGAGGAGUAUUGCCCAGCUCUAUAGCCAACCUUUCCACCCAGCUAAGCGUUCUUCUUAUGAGUGGGAAUAAGAUUCACGGUAACAUCCCUACUGGGAUCGAGAAUCUCGUUAACUUAAAUUCCCUUGGAUUAGAUAAUAACUAUUUGGGAGGUAGUCUCCCUCAUGUUCUUGGGAAGCUUCAAGAGUUAAAUGAAUUACAUUUGGAAAAUAACAAAUUUUUUGGGCCUAUCCCUUCCACCUUGGGUAACUUAACUACGCUGACAAAACUUUAUAUGGAGGGGAACAGAUUUGAGGGAAGGAUACCCCCAAGCUUAGGAAACUGCCAAAAUUUGCUUUUACUGAACCUUUCUCAUAACAAUCUCUCUGGAACAAUACCAAAACAGGUCAUGGGUCUUUCAUCCCUUUCAAUUUUUUUGGACUUGUCUUAUAAUUUUUUUAUAGGAGCAUUACCUUUUGAAGUGGGCAACUUAGUACAUCUUACCAAGUUAGAUCUCUCAAAGAAUAAAAUAUCAAGCAAAAUUCCCACCACCCUUGGGACUUGUAUUAGUUUGGAGUACUUGUAUUUGGACAGUAACUCAUUUGAGGGAGUAAUUCCUCAAUCCUUGAAGAAUUUAAGAGGUUUAGAAGAUAUAGAUCUUUCUCAUAAUAAAUUAUCUGGGCAUAUUCCUGAAUUUCUUAGCAAGCUUUUGGCACUUAAGCAUCUCAAUAUUUCUUAUAAUGAUUUUGAGGGUGAAGUGCCAAGUGAAGGAAUUUUUGCAAAGGCAAGCGCAAUUUCAAUCUUUGGAAAUGAAAAGUUAUGCGGUGGUGUCCAAGAAUUAAAUUUAUCUUCAUGCUCAAGCAAACAUCCCAAAUUGAACAGGAGGCUUCUUGCACUCAGAAUAAUAAUUCCUGUCACAUGUAUAACCAUAUUUGUACUUCUUUUGUUGUAUUUUUUCCCUAUGUGUUCUACUGUGAAAAAAUUAAGAGAGGGAGCAUUGACUACAUCUUCUUUUGAAGAUUGGCAAUUACCUAUCUCUUAUGCUGAACUCUUAGAAUCAACCAAUGGGUUUUCUGAGAACAACUUGAUUGGUUCGGGUAGCUUUGGCUCUGUAUACAAAGGAGUUCUUUCUAGGAAUGGAGCAAUUGUUGCAAUCAAAGUAUUGAACCUUCAACAACAAGAAGCUUCCACAAGUUUCACUAAUGAAUGCAAUGCUUUGAGAAGUAUACGCCAUCGCAAUCUCCUCAAGAUUUUCUCUGCUUGCUCUAGCAUUGAUCAUAAAGGGAAUGACUUCAAGAGCCUAAUUUUUGAGUUCAUGUGCAAUGGAAGUCUAGACCAGUGGUUGCAUCCAAAAACUGAUGAGCAACAUCAAAGAAACAAAUUAAGCUUUAUUCAAAGACUAAAUAUAGCCAUUGAUGUUGCUUAUGCAUUAGAAUAUCUUCAUCAACAUUGCCAAACGCCGAUUGUUCACUGUGAUAUUAAACCAAGCAAUAUACUCCUUGAUGAAGAUAUGGUAGCCCAUGUUGGUGAUUUCGGAUUAGUGAAGUUCCUCUUUGAAGCAUCUAACAAUCCCUCCAAAACUCAAACCCUAUCAGUUGGACUAAAGGGUUCCAUUGGGUACAUUCCUCCAGAGUAUGGGAUGGGUGGCCAAAUUUCAACAUCGGGAGACAUUUUCAGUUAUGGGAUACUCUUGUUAGAGAUGUUCACUGGGAAAAAACCUAUCGAUGAAAUGUUCAUAGAUGGUUUGAGCAUUCACAAGUUCACUUCAAUGGCUUUGCCUGAACAUGUAAUGGAUAUAGUUGACCCAUCAAUGUUCUUUGAGGAGGAUGGAGAAGAUGUUGGUGAUGAGAGAAACGAAGAUGACAUUGAAGACAGAGCAGUAAUUGAAGAAGUGCCCCAUCUCAAUGUUAGUAGCAAAAUAAAAGAUUGCUUGAUAUCAGUGUUUGAAAUUGGAUUGUCGUGUUCUAUAACAUCACAUGAUGAGCGGAUGCCAACAAAUGUUGUUGUCAAUGAAAUGAAUGCAAUUAGAGACACAUAUCUUAAAUUUAAGAAGAGAAACAAAAGAAGAGUGAACUAGCAUGGCCGGAUUGGAUGGAAUUGAAGUAAUGAACCCCCUUGAUUGAGUAAUAUUUCUGCUGUGUUCUUUAGUGUACACAUAUGCUGCCUCAGCCAUUGUCACUGCUUUCCAUGUCAAAGGUUAUUUAGAUCAAUGGCUCCCUGUUAUUUGUCAAUGACAUUUCUUAAACCAUAUUACUAUAUUUAUUGUUUUUAUCAUGGAUUGUACGAUUGCUCCUUUAAUUGUAAUAUGUGUUUCAUACACUAUUCCUU